AUGGGAUUUUUUGACGUAUUGCGAGCUAGGACUGUAAGAGAAGUCACAGAUAGACACAAUACAGCUACCAGUGAUUCAAGUUCAACAGAAAAUGAAAUUGAAAAAGGUACCGAUGCUAUUAUUCUUCAAAGGUCUGUAGACAAUGAUGAACCUUACAUCGAUUUAUCGUUAAAUUUGACUCCAGAAGAAGAAGCAAAGAGAAAUUCUAAGUGGUUCAAAUUUAAGGUAUUUCUUUGGGAUUCUCAUGAUAAACAUUCUCUUGAGAAGAAGUUCUUGUUCAAACUUGAUUUUUUCCUUUUAAGUUCAUCCAUGUUGGGAUAUUUCAUCAAGAAUUUGAAUCAAUCAAACGUUGCAACAGCUUACGUGAAUGGUAUGGAUGAACACUAUGAAAUGAAUAGAAACCAGUACAACUAUAUGGUAACCCUUUGGACUGUCGGAUAUAUUAUUGGACAGAUUCCAUCCAAUUUGAUCUUGCACCGAAUUUCCGCUAGGUACUAUUUGGGAGGAUUGGAGAUUAUUUGGGGAAUCUUGACUGUAUUGAUGAUCACAUGCAAGAACUUGAAUGGUGUAUAUGCUAUUAGAUUUUUCUUAGGAUUGACAGAGGCUGGUUAUUUCCCAGGGUUAGAAUACUUAGUGGGAAGUUGGUAUGAUAGCAAGGAGCUCUCUAAAAGAUCAUCUUUCUUUGCGGUAGCGGGUUCAGCAGCGGGCCUUGUUUCCGGGCCACUCCAACAAAGAGUUUUACAAAACUUCCAAGGAAGAAGUCUCAAACCAUUCCAGUAUAUGUUUAUAUUUGAUGCGGUGAUUUCGUUCCCAAUUGGUAUUUAUACCAUGUUUGUCGACCCUAAUACCCCAUCUACCACCAACGCUUGGUAUUGGACAAAAGAAGAUAAACUCAUUGCUUUGGAAAGACGUAGAAGAAUUGGAGCUCAAUUGAAUACCAGAGAAAAGUACACUUGGAAGAAGAUUAAGACCUUUUUCAAUACUUGGCACGUAUACGUCUUCCCAGUUCUCUUUUUGACAUAUAACAAUUGUGGUGCAGCCAUUUCUCAACCUACAUUUACAACUUGGAUGAAGCUUGAUCUCAAAGUCACACCAUAUGUUUAUAAUACGUAUCCUGCAAUUCUUUCUGGGGUCGGAAUUGCUGUAACAAUUAUUUUGUCAUACUUUGCAGAUUUUAUCGGCGGCAAGAAAAAUCAUUGGUUUGUUGGAGCAUUUUAUGUGUGUUUAAUAUGGGGAUGUUCAUCUUUAGCAUAUUGGGAUUUACCAAGAAAUUAUCAUUGGCUUUGCUAUUUCUUAAUUGGAAUUCCUAUGAGUUGGGGUCAGCCACAGAUAUUUUCGUGGGUUAACAGACUUCUUUUUGAAGAUGAUAUGAAGAGAAAUUUUGUAGUUGUUUGCACAAACACAUUAGCUUAUGUUACAGGUGCUUGGGUACCAAUUUUAGUUUGGAAUACCGCAGAUAAACCUAGAUAUCAUACUGGAUUUACCUAUACGGCCUGUUUAGCUUCGUUAGGUUUGAUUAUGACUGGUGUCACCUAUUAUUUUACAAGAAGAGACGAACUUAGGAAACUUCGGAAUUCCGAGGACAAUCAAUUGGAAAAUGGUACAGUGGAAUACCUCGAGAAAGUAGAAUUGAAAGAAUAA